GGAUAUGUAUUAACCACUGUAGCUAGUCAAUGCAGUUUUUUAAUACAAUCUCAUUUUCAUUCUUAUUCUCAUUCCCAUUCUCUUUUCCUUCUUUAAUCAUCAAUUUUAUUCAUUCUUCUUUCUCAUUCUAGUGUGUUGUCGCAUUCUUCCUACCAAUAAAUUCAAAAUAUGGAGGGCCUUUCGACAAAACCAAAACCAGUCUCUAUGGUGACAGGUUUCUCUCGUUCACGUCGCAUUCGAGGGCUUGUCUUACUGUUAGUUUUGCUGUGCGGCAUAUACUAUCUAUUCUUCGGCACGACCAAACGCUUGGGCAGCGGAGGAGGCUAUGUACAAAACCGUGUUGAUCUGAAUGGGGAGGGUGAACCUUUGGAUAUUACACAGGACAUAUCCAGCAACCAUCGGUCAGGAACAUCACAAGUAUCAUUACUUGAGAAGCGAAUUCAAGGACUUAUUGAUAGCAACCGUAUCAUGGUGUUUUCAAAGUCAUAUUGCCCAUACUCGAUGGCUGCCAAAAAACUCCUCCGCAGCUACACAAAUGACAUUCAGGUCCUUGAAGUAGACUUGGAGGAGAAGAGUACAGAGAUCAAAGCUGUAUUGACAAAGCUAGCAAAAGGACAUUCUACAUUCCCAUCCAUCUUUAUCAAUGGUGAGCCAAUUGGAGGAAAUGACAACUUGCAAGCCCUGGAGGACAAGGAUCAGCUGCAAUCUAGGCUGCAGAAACUGGGAGUACCAAUGCUCCAGUAAUUGGAUCUAGGACUUGGUUUCAAUUUCAAGCUUUACAACGUUUUUGCGCUGCAGUGCUUGUUGGCCUUACAUCGCGUCUAAAUGUCGGAAGGUUUAUCUGCAAAAGCAUAGGAUGAACGAGAACCAAAUAAAGCUAAUUUAUCAAGAAUUGGAGAGAUG